AGUUUUGGACCCAGAUUACUCCGCGAAGCUCCUGACUACGGCAGCCGUAAUGCUCUGACAAUCCAUCAAGUAGUGCGGCUUACCAAAGUUGUACUAAAACAUUUGUUAACAGAUUUCUGCACGCCCAAAUUGGUUCAAGGUCAGUAAGCACAACCAGAAUUCAUACAUAAGGCACACUCUCGAUUUUUAAGAAAAUUAAAGGAUUUUAAGUGUGCCUUAUAGUGUGGAAAAUACGUUAUACAGAAGAAAAGAAUAUAUCGCGAUAUAUAUCAUUACCGCAUGUGCUUCAAAUUAUACCACGAUAUGGAUUUUAGGCCAUAUUGCCCAGCCCUACAACACGGUCAACAAUUUACUUACUCCAUGCAGGAGAGCCAACACACAUCAAAUGUCACAGUUCACAAUCAUGAGAGCUCUAACCUUGGCAGCGUCUCUUUUAUACCCUCACACAAAACUCUCUGUAUCUUUCAGUUACCACAGGGUUUUGUCCCACUGGCUGCUAUCUUUCCCCAGGAACCUCCUGCACUUGUCUUCUUGGGAGUUUUGUCCUGCAACAGUUAGCAGGUACCAUAGUGAAAUGUUGUUAAACAAAGCUAAGUAGUUUUCACCAAGUAAUACUGACACAUACACAGAAUUUAUCUAAGCAAUCAAAGGUUAAACAAAAUCCUACAGUGAGAUUCUGAACACCUAAAUCUAAAUGUGGAAAUAUGAGAACGAGACAGUGAGACACCUCGCUGUCUUGCCACAUGUAUCGCAAACCACGUCUUGGCUGUUUGUGGAGGUGAAAUAUGUACAUGCAUGACUCCGUUUAUGCUCAGCCAUUGUUGUGAGUGCGCACGCCAGGGGCUGGACACAUUUUGCAGCUGUAUUUUGCAUAUGACUAUGACAGGGGUAGAGUAAGUAGUUUCUUCCAAUGUAGACGAUCCAAAUGAUAUAGUUUCUUUCCACUCUGUUCCUGUUAAUGAAACACUACAAAUUUACCCCAAUGUACUAAAAUAUCAACAUUUUAAUAUGAGAAUGGAUUCUAGAACAUAAAUUACUGGUAUCGGAAGAAUCGAUACUUCAGUAUCGAUCCGCAUACCACUACUAUAUAUACAGGGUGUAGCAUCCCCUGGGUAAAGGUGGUGGUAUGCAGGGCGCUCAGUGGCUUUUUCCUUUCAAGUUCUUGUAGGCAGCUGAUGACUUUCUUUUUGUAGUUGCUUCUGGGGUUUCCACCUUGAACCUUCAUAGGUAUUGUUGCCACUGAGGAGUGUAGUAAUGUUUAUGUGCUCUGCUUCUUGUCAGGGAUAAAAUACAUAUCUACAAUUUUUGUGUCCCAGCUGAGUAACAGGAGGAGGAGAGUCUGGUGGAGCAGCAGAGGAACAGUUUCAGCCAUUUGGAAUCAGCCACUACAGAGGAAACAAUGACUUCAACACAAAAGGACCAACAUGUAAUGAGAAGUCAGCGCUCUCAGGAGACCGACAAACCUUACCGAAAAAAGGGGCAGAAAAAAUACACCUGUGAUGAGUGUGGAAAGGAUUUUACCCUUCUUGGAAACUUUAAAGCACACCAACUCGUCCACAGUGGAGUUAAAGCAUACAGCUGUGACUUGUGUGGAAAGUCUUUUGCCCGGGCUGGAACCUUGAAAAAACACAAAGUCAUCCACAGUGGAGUUAAAGCAUACCGCUGUGAUGAGUGUGGAAAGUCUUUUACCCAGCUUGGUCACUUAAAACAACACCAACUUAUCCACAGUGGAGUUAAAGCAUACAGAUGUAACUUGUGUGGAAAUUCUUUUACCCGGGCUGGAACCUUAAGAAAACACCAAGUCAUCCACAGUGGAGUUAAAGCGUACAGCUGUGACUUGUGUGAAAAAUCUUUUAUCGAUGCUGGAAGCUUAAAAAAACACAAACUCACCCACAGUGGAUUUAAAGCAUACCACUGUGACUUGUGUGGAAAAUCUUUUACUCAGGCUGACAACUUAAAAACACACCAAGUCAUCCACAGUGGAGUUAAACCAUACAUUUGUGACUUGUGUGGAAAAUCUUUUGCUCAUCCUAGAAGCUUAAAAAUACAUCAACUUAUCCACAGUGGAGUUAAAGCACACAGCUGUGAUCAGUGUGGUAAAAUGUUUGCUCACAGUUGCAACUUACGACGUCAUCAAGAUACCCACUCUGGAAUUAAGGCAAAUAGCUGUGACAAUUGUGGUAAAACCUUUAGUAGUAUAAGUUACCUAAAAAGACACCUACGCAUUCACACUGGACAUGAUGUUUACUGCUGUGAUCAGUGUGGGAAAGUCUUUACAACAGCUACACAGUUACGUCACCAUACAUUUACCCACACUGAAGAGAGACCUUAUAAAUGUGACCUGUGUGAGAAGACUUUUAAAGCUCCACAUUCUCUGAAAGGGCACCAGCAGAUCCACACCAGAAGGAAACUCUAUAAGUGCAGUUACUGUGAGAAGCAAAGCGACACAGAUGGAUCCAGUUCUCAACCCUGUCGCCACUGUGGUGGUGGGAAAGAGUUUCGCUGUGACCUUUGUGGAAAUGCUUUCAGUAAUCGACAGAGUCUAAAUCGACAUCGACGUAGACACACUGGAGACAAAAUGAACUACUGCAAAGAAUGCGGGAGAGGCUUCACCACAUUAAGUGAUUUAAAAUGCCAUGAACGCUACCAUAGUGGGGUUAAAAAGCACGUCUGUGACCAGUGUGGGUCAUCCUUCACCGCUGCAGGUGACCUUAAAAAGCAUAAGCGAAUCCACACAGGAGAGACACCAUAUAAGUGCAGACACUGUGACAGAAGCUUUUCAUAUGCAGCGAGUCGUAACCAACAUGAACUUACACACAUGGAAGAGAUAUUUAGCUGUGACCAGUGUGACAAGAGCUUUAGGAAUUUCACUUCAUACUCCAGACACAAACAAGCCCACGCUGCAAAUAAACAGUUUCACUGUUACCAAUGUGCCAAAGCAUUCACUUCAUUAUCUGCUCUGUGCAAACAUCAGCGUGAUCAUGCAGAACUGAAAUCACCAGAUCACAAUGAAUCUGAAGAGACAGAAAGGUCCUCUUCUGGUUUCAGGGUCAGACUUAAAAACCUUGAGAUCAGGCUCCACAGAGUUCAGAUGGACUCUCCUGUAAAGAGUCUCAGCUGAUGUCACACUUGGAUCUGAUGAGGUAGCUCUGAUUUUUGGACCUGCAGUGAAUGUUAAAUUAAUGAAGCUGUAAGUAUAGAUAUGUACAUGAAGUUUAUUUUCCCUUGAGGGAAUUUUAAUGUUGUAAAUUUUCAUCCCUGAUACAUUUAAAUGUUUCUUCCCUUAGGAAACCGUAGUGUUUAGUAGUUGUACCUUUUGCUACAUUAUAGAAGUUAUAGGAAUGUGUUUUACAAAACUUGUAUUGUAUCAAAACUGCCCAUUUGAAUAUAUACAUCAGUUCUUUUCAUUUUAACUUUCUUCUUCUUUUCCAAAUAUAACUUGCUUUCUCUAUGUAUUCAUUUUAUGUAUUACCUCAGUUACAUUUUAAUCAUUUUUCAUAUUUAUUCUUCUGCUUUGGUAAUCCCUGCUCUUAAAUCCUUUUCUUUCAAAGCUUCAAAUAAUUUCUCACCAGUUGCUCUGAAAGCUUCCAAAAUGAACUAAAUCUAUCAACCGGCAUUCAAACAAUAACUACUAUUGAUUUUUUUUUUUUUAAGUUAUUGCAUUUUAAUCCACAUGUUCUCCAGCUGUUUUUCCUGUAGAUUUGAAGUUUGCAUUACAAAAUGCUGAUACUGUUAAAGCAUUAGUUAUAUUUGAUGAAUUAUGUGUAAAGUUCUUAUUAAACAGUUUGGUGUAAAAAAUAAAGAACUUGUCUCACAA